AUAUUUGUGUACAGUGUUUAUAUGUACGAGGUUACUCGCACUUAUGUCAGGGUUAUCCUAAAAAAAAAAAAAUUAUUAGCUUCCGUCGCGGCACAGUCAGCACUCAGCAUCCGGCACGCUAGAGUUCCGGGCGCUGCUGGUGCGUCCCGAAACCCAAAACCCGAAAGGGUGAGAAAAAACGGUCAGCGGAGAAGAAAAAGAGAGACGGGAGGAUCGCGAAAGGGACAGUGCGCGCAUUUCAUUACGUCAGGGGAAAACUCCAAAACAAGCAACAUGGCGGACCCGAGCAACGAGCCCGCAUCGUCGAGCGGCGUCGCGGAGCAGAUAGCUGCGACAGCGAUACUCGCCAGGCACAAGUGUGGCCGUCCACCUAAGAGAAGGCUCUGUCUUACAUCGCCCAAGUUGCAUCCCAUUCACACCGCGUCGACGAUCCUUCCGAAAGAAGUGCGACCGAGUCGAUUAAAAGCUGCAGAUACCUCGCAUUGA